AUGGCAUCUAACUACCAAGCAUUCAAUCCCCAGAUUCCAUCCAUCUUUGAUGCAGCAUUAUACGACAACUAUGACGAAGUCUGCUCCUUGAUCCAGCAGAAUGUUGAUGUGAACGCUAUCAACCCAAACACAGGCGCCACUGCAUUGCACAUGGCGAGCGGUUUGGAAAGAGGGCGCAAGGUCAAAAUCCUCCUAGAGGCCGGUGCAGAUCAUUCGAUCGUCGACGAUCUACACGAAACUCCAAUGCAUCAGGCCGCAAUCACUGGGAACUGCGAAGCUGUGAAGCUUCUGCUUGAAGCUGGCGCAAGCCCUCAUGGAAAAGGACGUGACGAUUCAACCCCGACACAUAUGGCGGCUUGGAACGGCCAUACUGAUGCUCUGAAGCUCUUGAUCAAUGCUGGCGCGGACAUACAUGCUGUCGAUGAAAUGGGACAAACGCCCCUUCAUGUGGCUGCAAAUCACGGAGCCGGCCCGGCUACUUUGCAAAUCCUUCUCAAAGCAGGAGGCGAUAUCAAUGCCAGAUCUGACAGUGGAGAAACGCCCUUGCUUGCGGCAGGGGGAUAUGAUGAUAUGGUGGAAUUCCUAGUUCAGGAGGGUGCAGAUCUGGAGAUUGCGGAUAAUAAUGGGAUGACAGCUUUGCACAUUGCCGCGAGAGAUGGAGUGCGCAGUCAAGUACAGUUCAUUCUUGACACAAAUCGCUUUGAAGUUAAUGGCAAAACGAAAGAUGGAAUGACAUCGCUUCAUUUCGCCGCGGCCAAGUCGUAUUGUGAAGAUAUCACCUCGCUUCUUUUGGAUAGCGGCGCCAAUAUCGACGAAGUCGACAACGAUGGAAAUACAGCUUUGCAUUUGGCCUGCGAGAGUUGGCAGGAUAGCGUCGUCAAGAUAUUGCUCGACAAGAGAGCCGAUACGGAGAAGAAGAACCAAAAGAACGGAGAGACACCUUUGCACGUUGCCGCACGUUGCCGCACGUAUUGGACGAAUCGGCCCUCUUCGUGCGUUGCUUGA